AAGACCAUCAGCAAAUUUUUUUUUGUCUGUCUUUCUAGUUCUGUCACAACCAAAAGAUGGCCAUGCUUGUUAAUUGCCUUUUCAUUCUCAUCCUUUUACCAUCAUUUGAUAAAGUACUUUCAUUCCAAGAUGAAAUUCCCUCAGAAAUCCAAACACAAGACAUGCAAGCUUUGAUUGCUCAAGCCUGCAUGGAUAUCGAAAACCAAAACUCAUGCCUCACAAAUAUUCAAAACGAGUUAACGAAAACCGGCCCUCCAAGUCCAACUUCAGUCAUCAGUGCUGCACUCAGAACCACAAUCAAUGAAGCCAUAGGUGCCAUCAAUAACAUGACAAAGAUCAGUACUUUUUCUGUUAAUAACCGCGAGCAACUAGCCAUAGAAGAUUGCAAGGAGCUUAUUGAUUUCUCUGUGUCAGAGCUAGCAUGGUCAUUAGGUGAGAUGAGGAGAAUUCGAGCAGGCGAUAGAAAUGCGCAAUACGAAGGAAACCUCGAAGCUUGGUUAAGUGCAGCACUUAGUAACCAAGAUACAUGUAUUGAAGGGUUUGAAGGUACUGAUAGACGCCUUGAGAGUUUCAUCAGUGGAAGUUUAACACAAGUCACACAGCUUAUCAGUAAUGUUCUGUCUUUGUAUACUCAACUUCAUAGAUUACCCUUUAGGUCUCCGAGGAACACUACAUUGCUCGGAACAAGCGAUGUAAGCUCGGAGUUUCCCGAAUGGAUGACCGAUGCUGAUCAAGAGCUCCUUAAGUCAAGACCGCACGGUGCGGUUGCAAAUGCGAUUGUUGCAUUGGAUGGGAGUGGUCAUUACCGUACGAUCAACGAAGCGGUUAAUGCAGCUCCAAGUCAUAGCAAUAGGAGGUAUGUUAUCUAUGUGAAGAAGGGACUUUACAAGGAGAAUGUUGAUAUGAAGAAGAAGAUGACCAACAUUAUGAUCGUUGGUGAUGGUAUUGGCCAAACUAUUAUCACAAGCAACAGAAAUUUCAUGCAAGGAUGGACCACUUUUAGAACUGCCACGUUUGCUGUAUCUGGGAAGGGUUUCAUUGCAAAGGACGUGACAUUCCGGAACACUGCUGGACCAGUAAACCAUCAAGCAGUGGCAUUGCGGGUGGAUUCAGACCAAUCUGCAUUCUUUAGGUGCAGUAUAGAAGGAAACCAAGACACCCUUUACGCGCACUCGCUGCGACAAUUCUACCGUGAAUGUGAAAUCUAUGGAACAAUAGACUUCAUUUUUGGCAAUGGAGCUGCUGUUCUACAAAACUGCAAGAUAUACACAAGAGUUCCACUUCCAUUACAAAAAGUUACAAUCACAGCACAAGGUAGAAAAAGUCCACAUCAAAGCACAGGUUUUACAAUUCAAGAUAGUUAUGUUUUGGCCUCACAACCUACAUAUUUAGGGAGGCCAUGGAAGCAAUAUUCUAGAACAGUUUACAUUAACACAUAUAUGAGUGGAAUGGUUCAACCUAGAGGGUGGCUUGAAUGGCUUGGAAACUUUGCAUUGGACACUUUGUGGUAUGGUGAAUAUAGAAAUUAUGGACCUGGUUCAUCCCUUGCUGGUAGAGUUAAAUGGCCUGGUUUUCAUAUCAUUAAAGAUGCUUCUACUGCUGGUUACUUUACUGUUCAGAAAUUCCUUAAUGGUGGUUCAUGGUUGCCAAAAACAGGUGUCAAGUUCACAGCAGGAUUGACCAAUUGAGUUUCUAACUACUAUUUCUUUUUUAUUUAUUUAUUUAUCCUAUAGAAAUUAUAAUAACUUUACUGCCUCCUUUUUUAGAUGAAUAAUUUUACCAUUUUCUUUUAUUGAUGGUGGAGGAAUUAAUAGAUUAUUUGUUAGGAAUAAAUUGUGUCUGUGUUUUCUGUAGAAUGUAAUUAAUAUGUGUCUGUAAUUAAUACAUGACUUAAUUUUUUUUAAUCUGGACUGUUAAUAUGAUAUUGAACGGUUUUU